AUGGGUGUCUUCUCACCUGACAGUCUUCCGUCAGAGAUUCUCCACGAUAUACUCAAGCAUCUAAGCAAGCACGACCUUUGCAGCCUGCGCCUAGUAAGCCGCACAUACGCAGCCUUCGGCCUCCCCCACAUCCUCAAGCUCAUCGCGUCAGAGCUCCAAGAGUCUCCAAAGAAGCCAUUCGAAUCACCAUCCUACAUCCAUCGGCUGACAAAAAGCUGCUUACACGAUAUGCUAGAGUCCGUCGUCAAGCUCGGCGUACCCACCGACGAGUUCAACGCGCAGGGGGAAGCGGCACUGCAUGUGGCGGCCCGUCAUGGCUGCGGGAGUGAUUGCAUUCGGAUCCUUUUGGCUGAAUCCGCGAACCCGGACGUGGAGAGCCGUCUUGGGUGGACGCCGCUCAUGGUUGCGGCGAGAUACGGCCAUGCUGAGGCUAUCGCGGAAUUGAUACGCGGCGGUGUGCGGCUGGAUCGGAAAGGGUUUCAUGGCUGGACGGCUCUACAUGUCGCAGGCCAGAACGGCCGAGAGGAUAUCUCCGGAUUGCUUGUAAGGGCAGGCGCAAGUCUGAGGAUUGCCGAUAAUGAUGGUUUGAAGGCGACCGAUACUCCUGUAGGAAGGGCUGCUGGUUUCCUCCGGUAUCCCACCGCCAUGAUUCUGGAAUGA